AUGCUAUCAAUAGUGGGGAUUGUCGUCACUCUUGUGGUUUGUGGUGAUCUCUUUAUUAUGAUUUUGGAGAUAAUAAGGGCUUAUUCAUACAUGGUAAGGUAUGAAGGGUUUUCUCUGUCGUACUGAAAUUAACGCCCUGGAAUUCUUUUGAUAGUCAGGCACACCUCGUUUUGGACCGUUCUGGCUCAAACACAGAAAGAGCACUGUGGUGUAGUGGUUGGAGUGUUAGACUAGGACCUGGGAGAGCAAGGUUCAAAUCCCUGCCCAGGAAUGAAGCUCACUGGGUGAGUCUCUCAGCCAAACCCACCUCACAAGGUUGCUCUGUGAGCAUAAAAUGGGGAGAGGGAGAACCAUGUAUGCUCCCUUCAGCUCCUGUUUAUAGGUCUGGAAACUCCGUAUUUUGGAGAUGAUAACCUUGAUAUUUCUGUAUUCAGCAAUCUGGUCCCUUCUCUGUGUUUUUGACAGGUCCAGCCAGUGCUGGGGAGGACUCCAGAUUGCUGAAGGACUGGCUUACAUGGUCAGGGAUGGAAGAGCUACUGUUUUCCAUUUUCUUUGACCAGAUUCAGCCUUAGAACGAUCUAUGGGUAGGCUGUUCAGUCUCAUGAGAGCCAGUGUGGUGUAGUGGUUCAGAGCGGUAGACUCGUAAUCUGGGGAACCGGGUUCGCGUCUCCGCCCCUCCCCCUGCAGCUGCUGGGUGACCUUGGGCCAGUUACACUUCUUUGAUGUCUCUCAGUGAGGAGAUUUCACCGCUCCCAUAUCCAAGAAUCUGCUGAUGUUCUCUGCUGAUUCUCCAGAGAGGAGGGGGCGGUUUCUGCUCUCUACUUAUUCCGCUCCAGCUUCACAUCAAAGAGAGAGAGAGACUGUGUGUUAGAGAGAGUGUUAUCUCUGUGUUGAUAAGGUUGCUGCUAAGAGCAGCUGCAGACACUCAGUGCAGUUCAGCUUCUCCAUUUAGCUCUGUAUAUAGUUUGUAUGAUAGCUGUAGAUAGAAUAAAAGUAGUUAUUCUACAGAGCUGUUCUCCGAGUGGUUUAUGCUCUGCUGUACUCUGCUGUGCAACGACUGUCUUCGGAGUGAGUCUGGUGCUCACAGCUCUGAGUUGUGAGUCCACAGCACUUAGACCUGUUCCUGUGCAGAAGGUGGUCUCUGGAAGUGCUACCCCAGCUCGCCUGGCCCAGUCGGGGCUGAAGUGGAUGAGUCCAGUCGGUGGCACUGGCUCAAGGGCGAUGCUGACACUCAGCCCCACUCACCUCACAGAGUGUUUGUUGAGGGGGAGGAAGGGAAAGGAGAAUGUUAGCCGCUUUGAGACUCCUUCGGGUAGUGAUAAAGCGGGAUAUCAAAUCCAAACUCUUCUUCUUCAUCAUGUGAAAGUGAAUGCCAAGAUGUUCGUAACUAUUGUACUCAAAUGUAAGUUUCCAUGUGUCCUGAGACUUGGGGUGUGUGUGUGUGCCGAUGACAAUGAUAAGUGGGGUGGCUGUUUCAGCUUCCCCAUUCAUAUGGAGGAUGAUAGACCUGCCCUCCAAAAUUCCUAGAAGUUCACCUUAUCAGUUCCUCUUAGUCAUGAUGGCCGUAUUCUAUGGUCAGUGUGCUCACUGAGGAACAGAAAUGGGCUGUGGCCUUCCUGCCUUCCUGGUGGGCUUCCAAGAGGUGUCUCAAUGGCCACUGCAAGAAGCAGGAUGCCGGACUAGGCAGACCUUUUGUCUCAUCCUGCCAGGUUCUCUCAUGUUUUUCUGAUGACUCCAAAGUAAUCUGAAUUAAUGCUUUUAUUUCACCUUUAAAUGCCUGCAGAAUCCGCAUUCGAUGGCAGCAUUUUCUGUUACCUCUUAAAUGAACCUGGUUGAAACAUUUGCAGAGGAUAUUCAAUACCCCCUUCAUUGUUGCUAUCGUUUGUAGAGGGAUGUUGUUCUUUCGUCUGUGCUUCUUAACAUUUAACAACCUGGGGAAUUUGUGUAACCUUUCCAGCAGCAUUAAAUCUCUCUGACGGAGGGCUUCUCCGAUUUGUCUUGUUGCUGCUGUUUCAGUGUUCCCAGCAUUUCUGAACUAUUUUUAGCUUGGCUUGUCAUUUGGUACUAGGUGUUCUUGAGAACUAUUAAUUAUUAAGUUCACUGGAAUUCUUUUGUUGUGCCACUGCCGGUGUUGCUAUACACACACACACACACACACACACACACAGAUCAGUACAUAGAUUUUUCACUAGAAGCUUUAUUGCUCUUGGUCUUUAGCAGGCAAAUUAACUUAAAACAUGUGAUUGUGGCCUUAAAGCAAGGCUUUCCCAUAAUUUUCAUAAGAACAUAGGAAGUUGCCUUAUACCUAGCCAGACCCUUGUUCCAUCUAGCUCAGGACUAUCUACACCAGGCAUGUCCAGAGUCCGUUUUGGGGGCCCACUGGUCAAUUUAAUCUGGCCCCUGUGGCAGUAUAUGUCCUGGGGUAAUUCAGUCCUAAAAAAACUCAACAGCUUUGGGGUAAAAUUGUAAAAAAAGCUCAACGUGUUCAGUUCAUCAAAUCUGGCCCUCUUUGAAAAAAGUUUGGGCGCCCCUGGUCUACACUGACUAGCUGCCAGGGUUUCAGAUAGGGAAUGUUUUUGACCCUACCUGCAGACGCUGGGGAUUGAAUUGGAACCUUCUGCACACAGAUCAGGUGCUGCUAUUCCCCCUUCUUCACUAAUGCAGUGGUACCUCGGGUUAAGUACUUAAUUCGUUCCGGAGGUCCGUACUUAACCUGAAACUGUUCUUAACCUGAAGCACCACUUUGGCUAAUGGGGCCUCCUGCUGCUGCCGCACUGCCGGAGCACAAUUUCUGUUCUCAAUCUGAAGCAAAGUUCUUAACCUGAAGCACUAUUUCUGGGUUGGCGGAGUCUGUAACCUGAAGCGUCUGUAACCUGAAGCGUCUGUAACCCGAGGUACCACUGUACAAAUAUGUAUAGCAUUGCCUUUUAAGUAGGUGUUCGUUCUCUCUCUCUCUCUCUCUCUCACACACACACACACACACACACGCGCACACCCCAACACACCUUUUGGUCCUUAUUAGCAUCUUGCAUAAACUAAAUUGGUUCCUUUCUGGAACGUGUACACUAUUACCUUUACAUACAUUUAAUACUCUGCUUCUUUUUUUGUUUCUGGUGUCUUUUCUCACCUUUUCAAUAAGGAGAAAGUGGUGAAGCAUGACUUUAUUACAUCAAAUAAUACUGAACAUGCUGGCAAUGGCAGCUCUCGACUCUCUAAUAACUUCUUCAGGCAUGUCCAAGGAAUUUCUUUCUUUAAAAAAAAUAAUCGAAUGUAUUGCUUAACUUAAAGUCCCAGUUAAAACAUGGAGACAGUAAUGGCUUGGUCCUUGUAGACAAAAGUUGAUGUUGGAUAAAAUCGACCUGUGCCAAUUUUAUUUACUUACCUGACAGCAGGCAGUGUUUUUGCUUGCCUGAACUUUGAUCUGAUUUUACACUUUCUGCCAGGUUGGUUGUUCACAAAUGCCACCAAAAACCCAGUCUGAAAAAAACAGGGGUUAGUUUCUUUUGCAGAGCAAACCUCUAACCUUUCUGGUGCUCGACAUCUUAUUGGUUCCUUGCUGCUUCUGUUUUUUAAGCCCGGGGUGGGGAUCCUGCGUCCCUCCAGCUGUUUGCUUGACUCCGAAUCCCAUCUGCCCCAGCCAGCAUGACCAAUGAUGAAGCAAGAUGGGAGUUGCAGUGCAACUGCGUCUGGAGGGUCUACAUCCCUCCACUACUCUAGGUAAAACACUGAAGCCCUCUCUCUGGCUGAUUAUUAUUAAACUUGGAUGUUAGAGGCAAUUUUUUGUUUACCGUAUUUUUCGCUCUAUAAGAUGCACUAGACCAUAAGAUUCACCUAGUUUUUGGAGGAGGAAAACAAGAAAAAAAUAUUCUGAAUUUCAGAAGCCAGAACAACAAGAGGGAUCGCUACGCGGUGAAAGCAGCAAUCCCUCUUGCUCUUCUGGCUUCUGGGAUAGCUGUGCAGCCUGCAUUCGCUCCAUAAGACGCACACACAUUUCCCCUUACUUUUUAGGAGGGAAAAAGUGAGUCUUAUAGAGCAAAAAAUUGGCCACUGGGAGCAGCCUUCCUGAGAUCCAAGCUGCCUAGAGAGCUUGGGAUAGGAAACACUGCACAGUAGCCCUGUGGAUCUCUGUGGGAGAAGAGGAUUUUGGGUUGGGGAAUGAAAUCUGGAGUACGAGGAGUGGUAGAGAAGGAAUCUUGCUCUCUGGCUCUUGUGUUUUAUGUAAAGCAAAACACAGAAAAGGACGCCAAGCCCAAAUAGGCCUCUGCUCCAAAGCAGCAGCCUCUGAGCCAAGUAUCUGCUGAGGUUAGAUGGGCUUUGAACCGGGGAAACUAUUAGAGUCUUGAUUAGGACUUCCCAGGCUUCCAAUAUGUCCUUUCUUUGCUUGACAUAUUUAUUGCAGCGCUGUGGUUUUAAUAAGAUGCUGAACGCCAGCAUCCCGAGGAUUUUCGUACGCCGGGAAUUUUCCUCCCUUGCACGUCCAGCUGUCCUUCCCUUGCGGAGCCGGUAGUGCGGGAAGCCGUAAUGCAGACCUGCAAGCUGCUGACCAUGUUUCGAGAGAGGCAACGAGGCCAAUUUUAUAAUAAACGGCAUGAGAUUAUCUGUCAUUCUGUGCCUGCUGCAGAGCAAUAUUUAAUUGCAUUCUGCACGUCUAAGCAGACUUCAAAGGAAGGUUUCACUUUUUAAAAAAUCAUUCCACCACACCCACUGGUGCUGUAAUAACUUGCACACAGCUCCCAGUGAACUUGGCCUAUUAAACUUGCUGGAUUUGUUAUCCCACCCCGGGGUUAGAAUAAAUAGGCCUCCCGUGCUUCUUAGAUGCUCUCCAUUUCAUAAUCCACUUCCUACAAAAGCAUGACACUUAAUGCAGUGGUAGACCCGUUGACAAAUCCCUUUUCCCUUCGGCGGCUGGUGGUGGGUGGGGAGGUAAUUUUCAAAUUUUACACAGAAUCACAACUUUUCCUGCUUUAUUUGCCCAGUCUUAUUUUCAUUGUGUUAGUGGGCGUUUGAAUAACGUCUGUGAUGUGGAAUUAGUGGAGGCAAACAAGGAAACUCAGAUUACAACAGGUAGAUCAUUAACAAGUUGUGUUUUCCUUAUGACUUAAAACUUCCUUGUUCCGAGGGAAGCUGUUCUGUGGCAUUCAUCCCCAUAGAUGCUUAGUUCUCUAAUAAGGAAGUAGAUUUGGUGGGCGCCAGCUGCUGGGAAUUGGCAGGUGGGGAGAAUACCAUUGGUCUCAGCUCCUGCUUGUGGGCUUCCCAUCACGGUGACUGCAUUGAGGGUAGAAUGAUGGACUAGAUGAGUGUUUCGCCUGAUCAGUGGUUUUGGUAGUGGUACAAUGAGAUUCAUAGCUGUUUUAAGACCAACAUGGAUGCUAUCUUGUUCCGCCUGUCUUUGUUUGUUUUUUUAAAAAAAUUUGAGGCAUGGGACAUGUUAUGUUUUGCAGACCGCAUAAGGGAGAAAAUAUCUGUUGCGCUCAGCUGGCUGUUUUAAUCACUGUUUGCACAGUAAUUUGAGCCUCUGAGAGGCUGGGAGCCAAAUUUGCCGGUCUCUCCCUCUUUUAUUCCGGCUGGGAAUGCAGGUCACUGGGCAGCGGAUGGAAUUUUUUUCGGCUGGGUUUUUAAAAUUUUUUAUUUUUGAGCCAGCACUUUUUGCUUUUCAGUGAAACAACAAAGGAACUCUCUCACCCGCUUAACAGGGUGGCUUUUCCCGUGGUCUUGCCAAUAAUGCCCCUUUGGGUCUCGUUCCAAUUCCUAACAGACUGUGAGACUCUCCAGGCAAGGACCAAACGGUUCCCGGGAUCUGUUGCUUCAGACUGCUUUUGCAUGCUUGAAUGUUGCCCCUGUGGGGGUGGGAGGAAUUUUUAAACACAUGGAAGACAAGUGUUAUUGGGGAGAAGAGCCUUCAUUAUACACCUUUAGGCGCCAGGCAAUAAGUUCCUUUUUAACCAGGUCUUUGGUUGAUUUGAUUGACAUCCUGUGCCCUUUUAAAAUGUGUUUUUUUAGGGUGGGGUGGGGUUAUUGGGUUGUUGUAGUUUUUAUUUUGAUUAUGUAUUUUGUGGUUUUGUAUUUUGAUUUUAUUCUGCGAACCGAACUGAGACCUGCGGCAAAUAAAGUAAAAUAAAAUAAAACUUUCACAACAUCUGCUUUUUGAACCAAGUGGAAUACAAUCAAACCUCAGUUCUCGAACGGCUCUGUUUUGGAACGUUUCAACUCCUGAACGCCGAAAAACCAGAAGUAACUGCUCCAGUUUUCAAACAAAUUUCGGCAGCCAAACAUGCUACACAGCUUCCAUUUUGAAUUCCCCUAUUGUACUGAGGCUUCCGCUUUCAAUUUUCGGUUGUCGAACGUUUCGGAAGUCGAACGGUCUUCCGGAACGGAUUACGUUCGACAACAGAGGUUUGACUGUAGUUAGUUAUUUGAUCUCCCCCCUCACCUGCAGUCUGAAGUGGUACAAUCCAGGAAUGUUUCACCCUAUGGUGAGCAGUCCCUCUGGCUCAGUAUUGUCCACAUUGACUGGCAGCAGCUCUGCAGUGUUUCAGGAAGGAGUCUUUUUCCAGGCCAGCUAAGGAUUGAGCUGGGGACAUUUUUCAUGCAAAGCAGGUGGUCUUCCACUGAGUAUGACUGUUCCAGUAUAUAUAUACAUCUUUCUCUCUAUACGUAUGUGUGUACCCCACCAAGCAUGUCACAUGGAAUCCUGAGUGAUCCUAACACCACAAUAUAAAAACAGCAUUAAGCAAUAAACCAUUUACCGUAUUUUUCGCUCCAUAAGACACACUUUUUUCCUCCUAAAAAGUAAGGGGAAAUGUGUGUGCGUCUUAUGGAGCGAAUGGCGCUGCGCAGCUCUCCCUCUCUGCGUAGCCCCCCUUCAGCGAAGCGGGAAGAGAAACGGAAGGGGCUCCGUUCUCCUCCCACUUCGCUGGAGAGGCGCUGUGCAGAGAGGACCACCUUAACCUCACUGGGUUGUUGUGAGGUUGUUGUGUGAUAGCCCUUGUUUAGCCCCCUGAGCAACUUAAUAAACAGAUAGGAGAACAUGAUUCUUGUUUUCCCUCUUCAGUCAGUCUUGGAUUCCAUCACUGCCCAAACCAUGUGCCUCUAUCUCUCCACAUGGCCAGAUGAUCCCAUUUUUUUUUCUGGGGCUUUCUGUGAGAGAAUGAAAUCCAAGCACUAAUGCCUGUUAAAAUGCUUCUACUGUUCACUUGCAGAAUCAAGCUUUUGAAAAGAGGCUCUACAGAAAUAAAAGAUUCAGAAUAUUUUUUUUUUUUGUUUUCCUUCUGUAAAAACUAGCUGCGUCUUAUGGUCGGGUACAUCUUAUAGAGCGAAAAUACGGUAAAUACAGUGGUACCUCGGGUUAAGUACUUAAUUCGUCCUGGAGGUCCAUUCUUAACCUGAAACUGUUCUUACACUGAAGCACCACUUUAGCUAAUGGGGCCUCCUGCUGCCGCCGCGCUGCUGGAGCCCGAUUUCUGUUCUCAUCCUGAAGCAAAGUUCUUAACCUGAGGCACUAUUUUUGGGUUAGCAGAGUCUGUAACCUGAAGCGUAUGUAACUCGAGGUACCACUGUAGUCUUGAAUCAAAAGCAGUACAGCUGUGAGUGGAACCAAAUGGAAAAACCUGCCCAGCAGAUCUUAAAAGCACAAAUGCCAGUGUCAGCUGAUAGUGUUCUGAGAUGCCACUCGCUUCCCUGUGCUGGCACCCAAGUAUUGCAUGCAUGCGCAGCCCGAUGGAAGCACAGCCCACUCGUUCCCGUUGCAGAAAUGAACUUCCCUGGGAUCUACGGAUGAAGGGCACUGUGCAAAACAAACAAAUAAAUCAGUAUGCUGGCCAUGGGCUGCGUAGCUGGUUCUUCCUGGGGUGGAGGUGAGCUGUUACAUUCAGGUCCCACUUACAGGUUCCCCAUGGGCUCCAUGUGGGGCUUUGUGAGAGCAGAGUGCUGGACCAGAAGUGCCCUUAUUAAGAAUUACCGUAUUUUUCGCUCUAUAAGACGCACCAGACCACAAGACGCACCUAGUUUCAGGAGGAGGAAAACAAGAAAAAAAAUAUUCUGAACCUCAGAAGCCAGAACAGCAAGAGGGAUCGCUGCGCAGUGAAAGCAGCAAUCCCUCUUGCUGUUCUGGCUUCUGUGAUAUCUGUGCAGCCUGCAUUCGCUCCAUAAGACGCACACACAUUUCCCCUUACUUUUUAGGAGGGAAAAAGUGAGUCUUAUAGAGCAAAAAAUACGGUAUAUGUGCUUUUCAACUAAAAGGAUCCGAAACGAUUUUUCCUACAGGCAUAAACAGCUCUGCAGAGGCCCACCAAGCCCCUGUGCCCUUCAUACCAAAAACAAAACUGCCGUUAGAUGAUGAAAAGCCGUACGCCCAAGAGAAAAUAUGUGAGCUCUGUACAGCGCGGCUUUCCCAUGGCAGAAAGCACUAACCCCAGAAGCCUGGCAAUUAAUAGCGCUGAGAGCGGCGUGGGCUUUUUCAGUGCAGUGGACUCAAAAUCUUCAGCAGGCAAUGUGCAAAAAAAGGGUGUUCUCCCUCUCAACCCCCUACAUGCACACUUAAUGAAUUUUGGAAGCAAACCAGCCGUGAUCUGAAUAAAGAGCAACAAAGCAUCAUGCUGGUUUUUUAGCUGGCCACAGUUACGUUUCACUUCUGGUUUGCUGCCAUCUGCUCUCUUGCUGUGGAGUUAGCACUUUCCUGCUGCUGGUGGAGUGUAAAAAUCCAAAUUAGUUUCCUCUGGGAGAUCUAGCAAGUAGUUCUGAGGCUCUUUGGAAGUGGGAGGUGGGUGGGGGGGAUGACAUUAGUUGUAUAAUGCAGGCAGGUCUAGUAAUUUGGAGCCGGCUGCUUCUGUCGCUGUAGAAAGUGAAUAACCUCAUCUUGUUAGCUCUCAACUUCAUAGAGGAUUUCUAUUUCCAGGAUAAAGUGUGGGAAGGGAGAAACUGGUGCAAAAUGAGAGCAAUUUUGUCAGAGUAACUGAAGCUGGAAUAGAAGGCGAGUAGUUGCGGGAAGUCAGCCUGUAAAACAGCUCAGAGCUUGUUCAGUAGCUGGCAAGUGGCUAGAAACAGCUCUUCUCUUUCUAAAGGCAUCUUCAGAUGCCCUGUUUCUGGAGCCCUCGCCCUGAUUUGCUUACAAGCCCUAAACAGCCUCGGCCCAGUAUACCUGAAGAAGCAUCUCCACCCCCAUCGUUCAGCCCGGACACUGAGAUCCAGUGCCGAAGGCUUUCUGGUGGUUCCCUCAUUGCGAGAAGUGAGGUUACAGGGAACCAGACAGAGGGCCUUCUCGGUGGUGGCGCCCGCCCUGUGGAACGCCGUCCCAUCAGAUGUCAAGGAAAUAAGCAGCUAUCCUAUUUUUAAAAGACAUCUGAAGGCAGCCCUGUUUAGGGAAGUUUUUAAUGUUUGAUGUUUUAUCGUGUUUUUAAUAUUCUGUUGGGAGCCACCCAGAGUGGCUGGGGAAACUCAGCCUGAUGGGCAGGGUAUAAAUAAUAAAUUAUUAUUAUUAUAUUAUAUUAUAUUACACAAAGCUUAGGCAGGGGUUAGAUCAGGGGUCAGCAAACUUUUUCUGCAAGAGGCCAGUCCACUGUCCCUCAUACCUUGUAGGGGGCCGGACUAUAUUUUGAAACUCCCCCCCAACUCCCCCAUCCCUUCUCCACAGCAACGGACGAGCCCUGGUAGCUGCUUACCUGUGCCUUGCGAGUGGCAGCGGCUGGUGGCAGAAGGACGAUGAGCGGCGCAAAACGGCUGGCUCCGGAGAGGGGCUUCUUAAAAUGGCGCUCAGCCAACUACAGCUCCACAAAGCCCAGCCUCCUUCCUCCUCUAGGCAGGGCGGGGAGAAGCCAGGAGGAGGGAGGGAGGAGGCGCCGUCACGGUGUGUGUUGGGGAAAUGGCGCAGCCCGAACGAUCAGAAUCGCCACACCGAUCCACGCGGCGAUUCCCGGGCCGUCCGCGAGCCAGAUUCAAAAGGCAUUUGGGCUGGAUCCGGCCCCCGGGCCUUAGUUUGCCAACCCAUGGGUUAGAUCAGGGGUCAGCAAACUUUUUCAGCAGGGGGCUGGUCCACUGUUCCUCAGACCUUGUUGGGGGUCGAACUAUUUUUUUUUUGGGGGGGGGGGGAAAUGAACGAAUUCCUAUGCCCCACAAAUUCUGAUUUGCUUGGGCUUUGCUUACAAGUCCUCCUGUUAACCAUUCAGUCACCCCACACUUUUUAAUACCUUUCCUCACAACUUUCCUAACUGCAAAAAGUCUUCCUUUCCCCCCCAAAGAGUUAUGCUACGCCGACAGAACCCAUUUAACCCAUUUUAAUGGUGCAAACCUAAAUUUCUGGUAUGCGUUUGAAUUCCUUCUGGAAAAGAGUGACUGUCUGCGGGCCCCAUAAAAACUGCCUUGUACCUCCUGUUUUCUCAUUUAAUCUCAAAGGAGCAAAGUAGGUCGUAGCCAGUAUAAAAGCUUUUUAGAAAUGAAAUUAAUAAUGCUAUUACUAGUAAUAACAACAAUUAUAACAAAUCUCAUUGUAAAAAAAGGCGCCUAGACAUUCAGUUGUGGUGACUCUAACCUAGGUUUAAGGUGCUGUUUGAUGAUUAGCUUAAAUAUCUGAGUUUCUAACACUGCUUGGAAGGUCUCUCUUUCGCUCUCUCUCUCUCUCCCUCCCUCUCUUUCUCUUGUAGCCCUAAGUUUACAAGGCUUGCAGUCGAAUCGUGUGCGCAUAUGCCUUGAAGGAGGCCCCUCUGAGAGACUUAGGAAGAGAAACAGCUAAUCAGCAGGGACAGACUUCUGAUUCAAAGAGGGGCAGCUUUGGGUGGUUGGUCUGCAGUAAGCAGUCUUGAUUCAGUAAGGGUGGCAUUUCCCCCUUUCCUAUUUUUGAUGGUGUCCCCUUUUGCCAACCCUGGAUUUCGUCGUUCCUCCCUAGAUGAGCUUAAAAAAGAGGGAGGGAAGCAUAUUCCUGGGAAUGUGAAACUCCAAACAAGGACCCCAGCUUCUUGAAUGCGAAACGGUUUUUGUUUGGGUCGAGGAAGUGUCGCGUGGCGUUGUCUUCCUUACGGGCUCCUACAUCUUGGUCUAUUAAUAAGCUGUAGGUCUAUACUUAGCCGAGCAGCAAGGGGUGGGUGUACCGCUGCUUCUGCCUGGCAGGGCCUGGUGUUCCUGGCCUACUUCUGUUCAGCAGAGUGUGUUUGAUGGUAUCGUGCCUGCAGCUUCACAGCCUGCCGUUGUGGGGAGUGAAUGGAAAGGUGCAUCGCAUGCUUUGCUGCACCCAGGGCACUUGAGGUAUUAGAUCGGAUCGCGCCGUCCGUUGUUCUCUUGGUAUCGUUCUGUACAAACGUCACACGUCAGACGCUUCAGCUGCCCAGGCAAGUUCAGAAUCCGGAAUACAGGCUUCCGCACAAAAUGUGUAGACGUAACAGGAUCGGGAUGAGCUGUGCUCAUGUAGAAGACGCAGGGCGGUUAGAAUAAAGGACUUCUUCGCACCGUGCGUGGCUAAACUGUGGAAUUCUCUCCCUCAAGAGGCUUUGAUGGCCACCAACUUUGGGUGGCUUCAAAAGACAAAUUCAUGGAGGAUAAAGCAGUUGUUGAGUAGGAGUCACAAUGGCCGUGUUCCUCCACACUGUUGCAGGCAGUAAAUGCCUCCAGAAUGCCAGUCGCUGUGAGUAAUCCCAAGUGCGGAGGAGAGUGAUCUUGUUCUUGGGUCGUGCUUGUGGGUUUCCCAUUGGGGCAUCCGUUGUCCACUGUGAAAACAGGAUGCUAGAUGGGCCAUUGGCCUGAUCCAGCAGGACUCAAUUUUCGUCAUUACUUUUAGAAAUACGUAAGUUUCUGGUCCUCAGCAUGGCAAAAGUGGGAGGAGAUCUAUAUCUGUCAGUCUGCCUCUCUAUCUAUCAAGUGGGAGGAGAUCUGUCUGUCUGUCUGUCUCUGUCUGUCUAUCUAUCUAUCUAUCUAUCGCAUUUUGUUGCCUUCAUCAGAGGAGCUCAAAAGUGGCACAUCAGCCUCACAACAGCCGCGUGCUUUAGGUCUGGUUGAGAGCCAGUGAUUUGCCACAGGUCAUCUAGCUAAACUAAGGAGGAACAUCAGUCUGGGUUCAAGACCUUUGGCGAUAAAGCCCAAGGGAAAGCUGUACUGCUGAUACAUUCUCUUCCAGUGCUUUGCAUUUUUACAUUUUUUUAACGAGGGUUUUUAUUUGGCUCUAUUGUAUUUUAAGUUUCCUUUGGUUGAAUGUCUUACGAUGCAUGUCACUAUUUAAAUUUAAAAUAAACACAGACUUUGUUUCAUUGUUGAACUGACUCCUGACCGUUGGGAAGGUCAGGACUUUAAAUGAUGAAAUGAACAAUGAAUGUUAACCUUUUUGCUUAUAAUAAUAAUAAUAAUAAUAAUAAUAAUAAUAAUAAUAAUUUAUUAUUUAUACCCCGCCCAUCUGGCUGGGCUUCCCCGGCCACUCUGGGCGGCUUCCAAAAGAAUAUUAAAAUACUAUAAUACAUCAAACAUUAAAAGCUUCCCGAAACAGGGCUGCCUUCAGAUGUCUUCUAAAAGCCUGGUAGUUGUUGUUCUCUUUGACAUCUGGUGGGAGGGUGUUCCACAGGGAAGGCGCCACUACCGAGAAGGCCCUCUGCCUGGUUCCCUGUAACUUGGCUUCUCGCAGUGAGGGAACCGCCAGAAGGCCCUCAGUGCUGGACCUCAGUGUCCGGGUAGAACGAUGGGGGUGGAGACGCUCCUUCAGAUAUACUGGACCAAGGCCAUUUAGGGCUUUAAAGGUCAGCACCAACACUUUGAAUUGUGCUCGGAAACGUACUGGGAGCCAAUGUAGGUCUUUCAAGACCGGUGUUAUGUGGUCUCUGCGGCCGCUCCCAGUCACCAGUCUAGCUGCCGCGUUCUGGAUUAGUUGUAGUUUCCGGGUCACCUUCAAAGGUAGCCCCACGUAGAGCGCAUUGCAGUAAUCCAAGCGGGAGAUAACCAGAGCUUCUGAAUUUGCAUAACAGGAUCUUGUCCAAGAAUGUUUUUAUUCCAGGUUCUGAAAUACCCUGAUGGGAGGGACUUGGUGGUGAGAGCUUGUAGAGCCAUGGGGCAGGAAUGGGAAUAGGGAGCACGCUGCUACUGUGGCUCCAGUCCUCACUAUGGGACCGAGUCCAGAGGGUAGCAUUGGGAAAGUGCUUUUUGGCCCCCUGGUAGUUAUGCUAUUUUAUUUUAUCCUCAGUGCUAUUUAGUCAUAGAACUGUAGUUAAAAAAGACCGUGAGGGUCACCCAGUCCAACCCACUGCAAUGCAGGAAUCUUUUGCCCAACAUGGGGUUUGAACCCACGACCCAGAGAUUAAGAAUCUCAGACUCGACCAACUGAGAUAUCCCAACUUCACAAGGUAGUAUGUAUAUGAAAUUGUUGGGAGAGGUCAUAAGGAUUUUGGGGGCAAGGUGCUUUAGGUGCGCUGAUACCUGCUGGCUGGAUUUCUCCAUAACAUCUAAAUUGGGAGAAGCCGUGUAAGCCCUGGGCUUGUACCCUUUAUGGCCUCCUACUUGCUCUACUGGCCACCACUGGCCAGGGUCCUUGAAAAAUGGAAGUGCCCUGAGCAGCCUCUGAAAGGGGCUGGUGAUGUCAGAACCUGGACUCCCUCCAGGCAAAUCACACACUGUACUCAAGGUUUCGGGGUGAGCUCCCAUUGCUCUGUCCCAGCUCCUGUCAACCUAGUAGUUUGAAAGCACACCAGAGCAAGUAGAUAAAUAGGUACCUCUCCGGUAGGAAGGUAAACGGCAUUUCUGUGCGUUCUGGUUUCCAUCACGGUGUUCUAUUGCACCAGAAGCGGUUUAGUCCUGCUGGCCACAUGACCCAGAAAGCUGUCUGUGGACAAACGCCGGCUCCCUUGGCCUGAAAGCGAGAUGAGCGCCGCAACCCCAUAGUCACCUUUGCCUGGACUUAACCAUCUAGGUGUCCUUUACCAUUACCUUUUUACUCAAGGUUUGUUCUUGACUUGCUGCUUGGAUUUUUGUCUGGGGGAGACAAUCUGUGUAAACGGCAAAGAGCCUCCCUCCCCUCUGAAACUUGAGGAAGGGGAAGAAAACCUCACGUUUCCCUGAAUCACGGGAAGGCUAUUGUUCUAGGGCUGCCCCUGUAGGGUCGUGGGAUAAGCUGGCAGGACUGGGAAGGGCUAUUGCCAUGCUUUGCAUAUGGACCGUCCUGGGUACCAUCUCAAGCAUCUCCAGUCAGAAGGCUCUGAUCACAGGUGACCAGGGGGAGGGGACCUCUGCCUGAGACCCUGAAGAGGUGUUUCUAGAUGAACCGAUCAUGUGAGUUGCUUGAAUAACACUGAAUUAGCCGAAACAAUGGCAUUUGGGGCAUUUCUGUUGUGUGCAGUGAUUUUGCCCAUACACUGGGUGUAGUAGUAGUAGUAGUAGGAUGAUGAUGAUGAUGAGGAGGAGGAGGAGUCCAUCUGACUGGGUUGCCCCAGCCAUACAUUGCAUAUUUUGCAGUGGUGUUUUGUGACUGUCCUUGAGCUUUCUUUGUUGAGGGGAGCUAUAAAUAUCCAGGAGACGAGAGGUUGUGGCUGCUCUUGCCUACCGUAGCUUUUGGAAAUUCAUUGCCCUCUCUUUCCACUUUGAGCUGUCAUUCCCAACACCCUCCAGAGGGAAGAGGCCUGUGAUGUUCUGGGCGGCAGUGCUUUUAAUACAUCUGGUUGAUUGUGUCCUCUGGUAAUUUUUAUGAUGUGUCCUUUUUAUAAAGAUGGAAUGUUUGCUGCCUGCUAAUUGCUUGCUGCCCUCUAACCUCCCCUUCCUUUUCCUUUUCAGAAAUGCCCUUCAAAGGAUUGUGCCGAACACCGAGGGUGCUGUGAUGUCAGAAACUGCGCAGAGGGGCUUCUCCCUGAAGGUACUGCUCUCAAUUUGCCCCAGUGAGGUGCCUAUGUGCAGCUCGUAUAUGUAUUUGUUUUUGGCAUUUUGGGGGUGCUGUGCUGAAAAUCUCUUCCUAUCUAUACAGUUUGGGUGCUGAUUUUUUAAAAUUUUUUUAAUGGGUGAGGAAGGGAUCUUUCAUUGUAGCAAGAGACUGCUUGGGAGCUUCCUUCUGUUUUGCACUUUUCAUGUUCCAGUCAAGAGGUAUACCCAGAUCCAGUACUUUUUUAUAUUGAUUGAUUGAUUGAUUGAUUGAUUGAUUGAUUGAAUUUAUAAACCAGCCUAUACCUGGAGGUCUUAGGGCGGUUCACAGAACAAAAGCAACAACCCAAUAACCUCGCCCCGCAACAACCCCACAUUUUAAAAGGGCAUAGGAUGUCAAUCAAAUCAACCGAAGGCCUGGUUAAAAAGGAACAUAUUUGCAUGGUGCCUAAAGGUGUAUAAUGAAGGCGCCAGGCGAACUUCGCUUGGCAGAGCAUUGCACAGACGGGGAGCCACUGCAGAGAAGGCACCUUGUGUACAUCCUCGAGCCUUACCAACUAAAACUCAUCCAACACAACAGGACUAGACUUUGCUCUGGACAAAAGGCCCUGUACAACCUGGAAAAGCUCUGCUGGAUGACAUAAUGAGGAUGCAGUGGAGGCAGCAAUAUAUGCCUUCUUUGCUGCCUUUAUUACCACCAGGUAGGCUCGAUAAUGAGCCCUUACCAGUGUUUGGUUGCAUUCAUUCGGAUCUCUCCACCACUUGCGUUCAAGCCGUCUUCCAGCUCGUUUCCUCGCCCUAAGCUCUGGAGUAUACCAUGGGGCCAAAUGGGCUCCUUGAAGUGGGAGAGGACACUCAGGGGCGAUUGUGUUAAUAGCCUGAGCUGUUUGGGUGUUCCAGAGGUCAGCCAGGGCUUCAACAAGGGCUCCAGUCAUAUCAGCCGGAACACACACACCCCGAGCCAUUUGGAAUCCCACUGGAUCCACCAGCCUCUGAGGGCGGAUCUUCCUAAUAGGCCCCCUGCCUCUGCGGAGGGGAGGAGUUGUUGACGGCCUAAAUCUCAACAGGAAGUGAUCUGGCCAUGACAAGGGACUGAUGUCAAUGUCUCCCACUUUCAAAUUAACCUCUGCCCAGUUGAGUAAACAAGGUUCAGAGUGUGGCCUGCCAGUGACAUGUUGGGCCAGUGACAUGUUGGGCCAGCCCCAUAGUUGUCAUGGCGGCCAUGAAGUCCUGAGCCACCCCAGAGCCAGCUGCCUUGACAUGGAUGUUGAACUCUCCCAGAACCAGCAGUCUGGGAGUCCUCAACACCGCCUCCGAGACCAGCCCUGCCAGCUCAGGCAGGGAGACUGCUGGGCGGUGGGUGGUAAACCAGCAGAAUCCCUGAUCUGUCCCGAUUGCCCAGUGCCAGGAACACACACUCUAGAUUACCCCCCAAUUGGACAGAGAGCCUGGCGAUAGAGAGAGAAUCUCUAUAGACUCCCCCUCCCCAACCCUCGAGUCUGGCCGGAUGCUACAGUGAGUACCCAGGUGGGUACAGCUGGGUGAGACCAACUCCACCCUGAUCACCCAUCCAGGCUUCAGUGAGACAUGCCAGAUCAGCCUCUUCACCCAUAAUCAGAUCCUGGAUGCGGGAGAUUGUUUCCUGGGCUGACCUGGCAUUCUACAGCAGCAGUUGCAGACCCAAGGGCUGGAUGAUAUGACAGCCACAAUUCCCCAGGUUGGGGGAGGGACUGGCACACGGCACAGUCACUAACUGCCUGUGCUGUGUACCCCUUACCCGGCCUGCCCCUCCUCCCACGCCAUACCUCCCCCUACCCAGAACCACUGAAAUUGGGCCUCCCCCUGCUCUCCACCGCGCCUCUCCUUCCAGGAAUAUCCCACAAAAUGCCCUUAAAACCCAGUUAAAAACAGUUAAAACACUAAAAAGACCAAUUUAAAAGGAUAUAAAAAUCAAAUUAAAAGCAAUUUAAAAGAAAAAGCCCUCUCUGCUCAGCAGCAGCAGCAGCAGCUCUUAGGAAACCUUUGAGGCCCUGGUGGUGGAGGCAGGAGAGUGCCUCCACCACCAAGUGGAGAGAGGCAGGAGCAGGGCCCUCAGGCUCUCAUUUAUUUAUGACUUUUUACUUCCAAGGUGAUGUAUGUGGUUCUCCUCCUCUCUUUCAUCCUUACAACAACCCUGUGAGGUAGGUUAGACUAAGAGAUGGUGACUGGCCCAAGGUCACCCAGUGAGCUUCAUGGCUAAGUGCAGAUUCGAACCCUUCUCUCCCAGGUCCAUGGUCCAACACUCUGAAACAUUAGGCCACACUGGCUUUCAUGCAGAAGGUAGCUGGACACAAGCAAAUAUUACAAGUUCAAAAAGGCAAAUACUUUCUAGGACGGAACAGUAAGAUGCAUGUCCCCAGUUUUAAUUCAGGAGAAAAUUGGACCUUGGGUGUCUGAAAUCUGGGGGAACUCCUGUUGUUGUUAUUGUUGUUGUUUAGUCGUUUAGUUGUGUCUGACUCUUUGUGACCCCAUGGACCAGAGCACGCCAGGCACUCCUGUCUUCCACUGCCUCCCACAGUUUGGUCAAACUGUACUCAGUGCAGUUGGGGAAACUGUACUCGGUUCUUAUUGUCUGCAUUGGGAUCUUAAUUAGUAGAACUUGGGAGAAGCUGAUGUCCAAGAGACAAAGAAAUUGCUGGUGAAACUCACAUCUGCUUGCACAUCUGCUACCACUGCUAGGUGAGCAAAAAGAGACAGUCUUCAAGCCAUCCAUUCAAGCUGCUUCAUUUGGAGAGGUCACAUGAGAAGCUUGUUGUGUAAGCUGUUGAAUCUGCCUUACGUUGGUGGGGUGAGUCCUGGGUAGAUCUGAGAGCUGGCUGGCUGAGCUUUGUAGUUUGCAAUCAGCUCAGACUUCUGUUAACCACUUCUGUAGUUGCCUAAGGUGAGCAAGACUCUCCUCCAGGUGACCAGAUGGAGCUUUGUAAAACUGGAAGUGCAUUGGGGUUUGUGGUGUUGGUGUCAUGUUGUUGUUGGACCUUCGAUGUUCUACAAAGUUUCGUUGGCAGCUGGGCAAGUAAGUUUUGUGGAUCUGUUUGCAAGGUUAGCUCAGUUUCUUAAGUUGCGUGAUGGAGUGUCUUGGCUCAGCCCUACUCAGAUCUGUGACUCAGAAGUCAUGCCCUAAAAUCCCAGGUGUGUAAGAGAUGUCUACAGUUCCUCAGUCAUGAGGAGAAGGCAUACUUGGUUCAUACAGAAUUCUAGGUCUUGUUUCCAAAGUUUUUGGGGUACAGUUCCCAUCAUCCCUUACCACUGGUCCUGCGAGCUAGAGAUAAUAGAAGUUGUAGUCCAAAAGCAGCUGGAGACCCAAUUUUGGGAAACCCUGGUCUAGAUUCACGCUCUGUGAUUCUGUGAGCUGCUCCCAAAAGCAAGUGAGAGAGAGUAUCUGGAAAGUAAGGUAAAGGAUCCCUGGACAGUUAAGUCCAGUCAAAGGCAACUAUGGGGUUGCGGUGCUCAUCUCGCUUCAGGUCGAAGGAGCCAGCAUUUGUCCACAGACAGCUUUCCAGGUCAUGUGGCCAGCAGGACUAAACUGCUUUUGGCACAAUGGAAUACUGUGAUGGAAGCCAGACCGCACGGAAAUGCUGUAUACCUUCCUGCUGCAGCAGUACCUAUUUAUCUACUUGCACUAGUGUACUUUCCAACUGCUAGGUUGGCAGGAGCUGGGACAGAGCAAUGGGAGCUCACUCCCAUCGCGGGGAGUCAAACUGCCGACCUUUCCGAUCGGCAAGCCCAAGAGGCUCAGUGGCUUAGACCACAGCGCCACCCAUGUCCCUAAAUCUAGAAAGUAAACCUGGAUUUAAAUGGCAGGUAGACCUUGGGUCAACCAAUAUUCUGGCCCCUCAUCUUGGAUCCAUAAAGCUUUCUAUGUUCUUGUCUUCACGUCUACACGAAUGACACCAGCAAUUUUUAUUUGCAGCUGUGCAGAAUUACAUAGUGCUCUCUCUUUCCCUGACUCCCCCUCUGACAUCCCAUGUCUUUCUCACCUAUCUUCACUCACACAUACACACAUAGAGUCUGGAGGGUCUAUAAAAGUAGACAGGACCCUACAAGUUCCCCAGUUGGGCUUUACCUGGAGAUGCUGAUGUUUGAACCUGCGGCCUUCUGUGUGCAAAGCUUGGGCGUUCUCUGCCACAGGAGGCAUUUCUGCACAGGAGGCAUUUUAAUUCCCCAGCCCGCCACCGUGCAACAGGUUGCUUUCUGUCUGGACAGGCCUUGCCCAAGAAAAGGCCUGCAGUUGGGUAUAAGGAGGGGGUUCUGAACCCAUCUGUGCCUCACUCAGGCAGGAGCCGGCUCUGCUGCCUGAAGCUGCUGUGGUUCCAGAACACGGGGUUCUCCGCAGCCCCCAUCAUUCCCAUGGUAACAGGCUGAUGUCACAUCUGGUGAAGGACGUGGUUUCAAUGGCUGGAUGACGCAGGGCUCACACGUGGCUCAGGUGGAGGAGCAGAUGGACUUUUUGCCGGGCUGAGAGUCCCCUGAGAAGGGCGGGAGGCAAGCAGGGCCAUUUCCUGCACUGAGGACUGAAAUUGGGCUUGCAAAGAGGAGACGGUGAAUGUGUGAAUCGGCUGCGUUUGCUUUCCUGCCUGUUGCUGACCGACCUGGUAGAGAGGAUGGCAUGGUGCAGGUAAAGCCUUUGAAAACAAGCCUUUAUUCUGUGCUGGGCAUGGGUGGAGAGGAGAGGACCUUUUCUUUGUCAUCUCCCAAGUUUCUGUUUGCUUGGGGGUGGGGGGGACUUUCCAAUGUCAUCUUGUUUUAAUUCUGUUCCAAUUGCCUCAUUUGUUCUCUGAGCCACUCUCUUCCCCGCCCUGCCUCCUCCAUUCUCUCCCCCUCUCCUUUUAUACUUAUUAGGAAAGGGAACUCUCCCCUGCCCUCUUUGUGUGAUGGUCACAUUUUCCUAUAUCCUAUGAGCAGAUUCCAAGAUUGCAGAGUGGGCUCCCCACCCAUUUGAUUUGGCGGCAGCCUUUCGCUCCCAUGAAAGCAGGGGCCGAUUGUUCCGAUUCCCUGUGUAUAUGUGCUUUGGCAAGGCUUGAAGGCACUUCCAAUCACGGCUGCCCAUUGUUGGCUUGCAGAAGUGGCCGCAAAUGAAAAGGGUGCAGCCCCAGGGCAGUAAAGAUUAUGGGAUUGUUCUCCUCCCUGCCCUGCCUCCCUUGUCCUACUACUACUUAUUUCCAUGACAUACAACUUUCCCUUCAGCAACUUCCCUGCUGGGACUUCAGUCCAAAGACCACUGCUUGGUGGACAGGAAUCUUUGCAUCUCUCUCUGCCCCCCCCCCCAAUUUUUUUUACUUUGCUCUCUUUCUUUUGUGACCACGUUGGGGGAUUUCACAGGUGCUGCCCUUGGCCUCAUUCCUACGUUUUGGAAGUUUUUAAUGCCAAUACUGCUUCUUGGUUUAAAAAUAACAGCAGAUAUCAAGGAAUUGAAAUAGCGCACAGCUGGGUCCCAUUUUCACACAGCACAUUGUUGAAACAAGGGGUCUCGCUCCUACGGGAGAUAGUGAUGCAGCUACCAACUUGGAUGGCUUUAAAGAGGGAUUAGACUAAUUGUUGUUGUUUAGUCGUGUCCGACUCUUCGUGACCCCAUGGACCACAGCACACCAGGCAAAUUAACGGAGGAUAAAUUGGUAGAGCAUAAGACUCUUAGUCACAGGGUUGUGGGUUCAAGUCCCAGGUUGGGCCAAAGGUUCCUUCAUUUCAGGGGGUUGGACUAGAUGAUCCUCGUGGGUCCUUCCAACUCUAUACCGUUCUUGAUCCUGCAAAGUGCUUAUGUUAAAUUCACUGGAGUUGUUGAACUCAGACUAGAAUACUGGUCUGAGUUUAGAGCAGGGGUCAGCAUCCUUUUUCAGCAGGGGGCCGGUCCACCGUCCCUCAGAGCAUGUGGUGGGCAGACUAUAUUUUUUUUUGGGGGGGGGGAAUGAACGAAUUCCUAGGCCCUAUAAAUAACCCAGAGAUGCAUUUUAAAUAAAAGCACACAUUCUACUCAUGUAAAAACACCAGGCAGGCCCCACAAACAACCCAGAGAUGCAUUUUAAAUAAAAAGACACAUUCUAUUCAUGGAAAAACACGCUGAUUCCCGGACCGUCUGCAGGCUGGAUUGAGAAGGCGAUUGGGCUACAUCUGGCCCACGGGCCUUAGGUUGCCUACCCCUGGUUUAGAGCAUGUACUGUACCAGUGAGUAUGUGGCCCUUAAGAGCUUGCUAAAAAGCUCCAGAGCUGGAUGGGCAGCUGAACAAGAUCCCUGGCAUUUGGGCUUCCCUUUUUCGUGAUGCAAAACCUCUAUUUUAGAGCAAAGUCUAACCAGUCCUAGCUGGAUCGAGCAGUCUGCUUGUUUUCUGGGAUUCCUUUGUUUUGUUUUUUUUAAAUGAUAUUUAUUAAAGUUUCCGAUAAAAAAAAGACACAUCAGUAAAAAAGAAUUAAAAGUAAAAAGAAAAAUACACAAUACAAAAAUACACAAUACAAAAAACAAACAAAAAAAAAACAACAAAAGAAAAAACAGUUAAAAACAAUACCACCUUUUCAUCACCACUUUUGAAUUUACUUAUUUUCUGGACCUCCUCAUACCUCCCUCUUUUGUAUUCCAGUUCAAUUUGUUUGUCCAGCAAUUUCUUUCCCUCUUUUUAAUCCCAAUCCUUAAUCUUAAUAUGGUAUAACAUUCAAUUCUUAUCUAUUAAUAGCCAGUUUUCCGUUCUUUUAACCUUUUAUGCCUAAUCCUUAAUCUUAGUCUAUAUAUAACUUUAACGCCUGUGCAGCUAGAAACCACUUAAUUUCAAUCCAUCAUCACUCUAACAUUCUUUAAUUUUGCAAUGUUUCUGUAGAUAAUCUUUAAAUUUCUUCCAAUCUUCUUCCACCGACUCUUCUCCCUGGUCACGGAUUCUACCAGUCAUUUCCGCCAGUUCCAUAUAGUCCAUCAGUUUCAUCUGCCAUUCCUCCAGUGUGGGUAGCUCUUGUGUCUUCCAAUACUUUGCGAUGAGUAUUCUUGCUGCUGUUGUUGCAUACAUAAAGAAAGUUCUAUCCUUUUUUAACACCGAUUGGCCGACUAUGCCCAGGAGAAAGGCCUCUGGUUUCUUCAAGAAGGUAUAUUUAAAUACCUUUUUUAAUUCAUUAUAUAUCAUUUCCCAGAAAGCCUUAAUCUUUGGGCACGUCCACCAAAGGUGAAAAAAUGUACCUUCAGUUUCUUUACAUUUCCAACAUUUAUUAUCGGGCAAAUGGUAGAUUUUUGCAAGCUUGACUGGGGUUAUGUACCACCUGUAUAUCAUUUUCAUAAUAUUCUCUCUUAAGGCAUUACAUGCCGUAAAUUUCAUACCUGUGGUCCACAACUGCUCCCAGUCAGCAAACAUAAUAUUAUGUCCAACGUCUUGUGCCCAUUUAAUCAUAACAGAUUUCACCGUUUCAUCCUGAGUGUUCCAUUUCAACAGUAAGUUAUACGUCUUUGACAAAUUCUUAGUUUUGGGUUCUAACAGUUCAGUUUCUAAUUUUGAUUUUUCCACCUGGAAGCCAAUUUUCUUGUUUUCUGGGAUUCCUUUGAAUGAAAUGUACUUCAUUUAAAAAGGAAAACAAAAGGAAAGCUGAGUCAUGAUUUGUGAACAUGGUGUUACGUGAUGAAUGAUCUUUGCAGUCCUGUCAACAAAAACUAUGUAAUUACUAAGAAAAAGGGCUCCAGGUUCAGCAGUAGAUCACCUGUGAGAUUGCAAAGAGUUUGCAGGAUGUUUACCUUGAGGUUUGUGUGUUAUUCCUCCUUUCUUCCUUGUUCCUGGUCUGGUGCCGUGAACCGAUAUUCUAGUGGUUUGAUUCUCUGCGUUUUGGGAUGGGACGGCGUGUUAUAAGGAAUCUUUUAAACCCCAGACUUUAAAGGCAGUUAUUUCCAGACUUAACGAGAGGCUUUCAUACUCUCAAACGCAGUUUGUGCUGUACUCUGUGUGUAUGUGUAUGUGAGAUUACUUCAUUUCAGGGGGUUGGACUAGAUGGCUUUUGGGAGUCCCUACUCCUGUCCCUUCCCCUUCAUGGAUCACUGCCUUGCCGUGGCGAAGGGGCUUGAAUAACUCAGAGAAGCUAUGAGCUAUGCCGUGCAGGGCCACCCAAGAUGGACAGGUCAUAGUGGAGAGUUUUGACCAAACGUGAUCCACCUGGAGCAGGAACCGGCAAGCCACUCCAGUAUCCCUGCCAAGAAAACUCCAUGGACAAAGACAACAGGCAUAUAAAAGUUAUGGCGCUGGAAGAUGAGCCCCUCAGGUCGGAAGGCAUCCAACAUGCUACUGAGGAAGAGCGGAGGGCAGGUACAAGUAGAUUCAGAGCUGAUGAAGCAGCUGGGCCAAAGCCGAAAGGACGCUCAGUUGCGGAUAUGCCUGGAAGUGAAAGGAAAGUCCAAUGCUGUAAAGAAAAAUAUUGCAUAGGAACCUAGAAUGUAAGAACCAUGAACCUGGGUAAGUUGGAUGUCGUCAAAAGUGAGAUGGCAAUAAUAAAUAUUGACAUCCUGGGCAUCAGUGAACUAAAAUGGACGGGAAUGGGCGAAUUCAGUUCGGAUGACCAUCACAUCUACUACUGUGGGCAAGAAUCCCAUAAAAGAAAUGGAGUGGCCCUCAUAGUCAACAAAAGAAUGUCAAAAGCUGUACAGUGGUGCCCCGCAAGACGAAUGCCUCGCAAGACAAAAAACUCGCUAGACGAAAGGGUUUUGCGUUUUUUGAGCUGCUUCGCAAGACGAAUUUCCCUAUGGGCUUGCUUCGCAAGACGAAAAACGAAAACGUCUUGCAAGUUUGUUUCCUUUUCUUAACACAGUUAAUACAGUUGCAACGUGACGUCGAGGAGCAACUCAUAGAACGCGGUGUGGUAGCCUUUUUUGAGGUUUUUGAAGACUUUGGUGAUUUUUGAAGCUUUUCCAAAACUUCUUUUAAACUUUUAAAACUUUUUUAGGGGGGUUUGGAUUGGGGUGUUUGGAAUUCAAGGACUUGGUGUUGGGGAGGGGUUUGCAAGAAUCUGGAAGCUUGUGUGGUUUUUUUCUGCAUUUUUAUGAUUUUCUGUGACCAUUGGGCCACUCUGCUGUUUUUUUAAAAAAAAUCUGGAUUUGAAUUUCUGUGUGGUGGGUGGCUGGGGGAACAGUUGAGGAGGGGUUUGCAAGAAUCUGGAAGCUUGUGUGGUUUUUUCCUGCAUUUUUAUGAUUUUCUGUGACCAUUGGGCCACUCUGCUUUUUUAAAAAAAAAUUCUGGAUUUGAAUUUCUGUGUGGUGGGUGGCUGGGGGAACAGUUGAGGAGGGGAUUCUUCAGCAAGAAGCAAAGAGUGGAAGAGGAACCUUCUUCGAGUUGUCCCCCAGAGUCUUAGAAAAUGUACUGUACACUUUGUUGAUUUUUAAAUGUUUUUCUGUCAUGUUUAGAAACUUAAUUUAUUGUUCCUUCAAUUUUUGAAAUGCUCUUUACAGUAUGUGUGACUUUAAAGAGCACUUAAUAAACUCUUGUUGUAACAAAUUUGGCUUUGUUUGGACUUUUUUUGACCAUAGGAACGCAUUAAUUGAAUUUCAAUGCAUUCCUAUGGGAUUUCGUGCUUCGCAAGACGAAAAAUUCGCUAGACGAAUUAAUUUCGUCUUGCGAGGCACCACUGUACUGGGAUGCAAUCUCGAAAAUGAUAGAAUGAUCUCGAUACGAAUCCAAGGCAGACCUUUUAACAUCACAGUAAUCCAAGUUUAUGCACCAACUACUGGUGCUGAAGAAACUGAAAUUGUCCAAUUCUAUGAAGACUUACAACACCUUAUAGAAAUGACACCAAAGAAGGAUGUUCUUCUCAUUAUAGGGGAUUGGAAUGCUAAAGUAGGAGUCAAGAGAUAAAAGGAACAACUGGCAAGUUUGGCCUUGGAGUUCAAAACGAAGCAGGGCAAAGGCUAGUAGAGUUCUGCCAAGAGAACAAGCUGGUCAUCACAAACACUCUUUUCCAACAACACAAGAGACAACUCUACACAUGGACAUCACCAGAUGGGCAACAUCGAAAUCAGAUUGAUUAUAUUCUCUGCAGCCAAAGAUGGAGAAGCUCUAUACAGUCAGCAAAAACAAGACCUGGAGCUGACUGUGGCUCAGAUCAUCAUCUUCUUAUAGCAAAAUUCAAGCUUAAACUGAAGAAAGUAGGAAAAACUACUGGGCCGGUAAGAUACAAUUUAAGUCAAAUCCCUUAUGAAUACACAGUGGAAGUGAGGAACAGGUUUAAGGAUUUAGAUUUGGUGGACAGAGUGCCUGAAGAACUAUGGAUGGAGGCUUGUAACAUUAUACUGGAGGCAGCAACUAAAACUAUCCCAAUGAAAAGGAAAUGCAAGAAAGCAAAAUGGCUGUCCAACGAGGCCUUACAAAUAGCGGGGGAGAGAAGGCAAGCAAAAUGCGAGGGAGAUAGUGAAAGAUACAGGAAAUUGAAUGCAGAUUUCCAAAGAAUAGCAAGGAGAGACAAGAAGGCCUUCUUAAACCAGCAAUGCAAAGAAAUAGAGGAAAACAAUAGAAUGGGAAAAACCAGAGAUCUGUUCAAGAAAAUUGGAGACGUGAAAGGAGCAUUUCGUACAAAAAUUUCCAUAAUAAAAGACAAAAAUGGAAAGGACCUAACAGAAGCAGAAGACAUCAAGAAGAGGUGGCAAGAAUACACAGAGGAACUAUACCAGAAAGAAAUGGAUGUCUCGUACACCCCAGGUAGUGUGGUUGCUGACCUUGAGCCAGACAUCCUGGAGAGUGAAGUCAAAUGGGCCUUAGAAAGCACUGGUAAUAACAAGGCCAGUGGAAGUGAUGGUAUUCCAGCUGAACUAUUUAAAAUUGUAAAAGAUGAUGCUGUUAAGGUGCUACACUCAAUAUGCCAGCAAAUUUGGAAAACUCAGCAGUGGCCAGAGGAUUGGAGAAGAUCAGUCUACAUCCCAAUCCCAAAGAAGGGAAGUGCCAAAGAAUGCUCUAACUACCGCACAAUUGCACUCAUUUCACACGCUAGCAAGGUUAUGCUUAAAAUUCUACAAGGCAGGCUUAAGCAGUAUGUGGACCGAGAACUCCCAGAAGUGCAAGCUGGAUUUCGAAGGGGCAGAGGAACCAGAGACCAAAUUGCAAACAUGCGCUGGAUUAUGGAGAAAGCUAGAGAGUUUCAGAAAGACAUCUACUUCUGCUUCAUUGACUAUGCAAAAGCCUUUGACUGUGUCGACCACAGCAAACUAUGGCAAGUUCUUAAAGAAAUGGGAGUGCCUGAUCACCUCAUCUGUCUCCUGAGAAAUCUCUAUGUAGGACAAGAAGCUACAGUUAGAACUGGAUAUGGAACAACUGAUUGGCUCAAAAUUGGGAAAGGAGUACGGCAAGGCUGUAUAUUGUCUCCCUGCUUAUUUAACUUAUAUGCAGAAUUCGUCAUGCGAAAGGCUGGGCUGGAUGAAUCCCAGGCCAGAAUUAAGAUUGCCGGAAGAAAGAUCAACAACCUCAGAUAUGCAGAUGACACAACCUUGAUGGCAGAAAGUGAGGAGGAAUUAAAGAACCUUUUAAUGAGGGUGAAAGAGGAGAGCGCAAAAUAUGGUCUGAAGCUCAACAUCAAAAAACGAAGAUCAUGGCCACUGGGCCCAUCACCUCCUGGCAAAUAGAAGGGGAAGAAAUGGAGGCAGUGAGAGAUUUUACUUUCUUGGGCUCCAUGAUCACUGCAGAUGGUGACAGCAGUCACGAAAUUAAAAAACGCCUGCUCCUUGGGAGAAAGGCGAUUGCAAACCUAGACAGCAUCUUAAAAAGCAGAGACAUCACCUUACCAACAAAGGUUCGUAUAGUUAAAGCCAUGGUUUUCCCAGUAGUGAUGUAAGGAAGUGAGAGCUGGACCAUCAAGAAGGCUGAUCGCCAAAGAAUGGAUGCUUUUGAAUUAUGGUGCUGGAGGAGACUCUGGAGAGUCCCAUGGACUGCAAGAAGAUCAAACCUAUCCAUUCUUAAGGAAAUCAGCCCUGAGUGCUCCCUGGAAGGACAGAUUGUGAAGCUGAGGCUCCAAUGCUUUGGCCACCUCAUGAGAAAAGAAGACUCCCUGGAAAAGACCCUGAUGUUGGGAAAGAUGGAGGGCACAAGAAGAAGGGGACGACAGAGGACGAGAUGUUUGGACAGCGUUCUCGAAGCUACCAGCAUGAGUCUGACCAAACUGCGGGAGGCAGUGGAAGACAGGAGUGCCUGGCGUGCUCUGGUCCAUGGGGUCACGAAGAGUCGGACACGACUAAACGACGAAACAACAACAACUCCUGUCCCUUGCUAAUUCUGUGCCUCUGUGGCUAAACGUAUUCUGGGGCAGAGUAAAGUCCACUUAGCUCCUUCCCCAGGUCCUGCAGAUGCUGUACUGCCUAGAGCUAAGCCAUGGCUUGACAUAGCACUGUGUCCCAAGCUGGGAUCAUGGUCUGUCUCCCGCUACAGCUCGUGGUUUGUUUGGACUGGAGCAGGAGAAACCACAGCCCUGGGUUUGCAUGCAAUGCUAAGCCCAAACCAUGGCUUAGCUGAGGGCAGCUGAGCAGCAGCAGAAUCAAGCGAGGGUCAAAGCAGCCAGGAUUUUUCCUUUGAGUACUAACCUGCUCAUUCAUUCACACUUAGCCAUGUGCUUCCAUGUGAAGCAGGUCAUUGUAUGAAACGGAUUUAGUGAUUUUUACCGUGUUUUAAGAACCUUGCUUAUACACCACUAUUGAACAUGGGGAAGAAGUUUUAAAUCAAUGUCCAGUCUGGUGUUGGACUACAACUCCCAUCAGCCCCAGUGAGUGUGGUCAGUAAUCAGGGAUGAUGGCAGUUGUAGUCUGACAGCACAUUGGCUACUGCACUAUACUAGAGCAAGUCUGUGUCUACACACACAAACACAUACUGAAUCUUUCCCGGGAUCCACAGCUGGUUCUUGGUUUCUCUGCAGUUAAAAAGAAACAGUUCUUUUAAAAGUGGAGUGCCUGUGUCUUGCAUUUUAAAGACAACAAUCCUGAACGGGGCAAUUUUUUGUAGGCAUUAUUUUCUGUGUGUGUGUGUGUGUGUGUGUGUGUGUUCGCGUGUUUGCAGCACAACUCCUCUCACAGCCAUGGGCUUUUUGCUGGUGGUCCAGCACAUCGUUUCAUUCCUCUGUGGACUUUCCCCCCUCCAUUCUUCAGGGUGUGAGGCUCUUCCAGCGACUUUCCAGAUACUUGUCAGUGUGAGCUGGGAGGGUGUGUGUUUUAGUAGCGGUGAUGAAAACAGCAACCCCCAGCUGGAAAACUGUCAGCUCUCCAGUAUCGGUGCUGUAAAACAAUGCUGGGAUCACCCAGAAUGGAAAAAGCAAGCGGCUUGGAUUUCUACACACACACACACACACACACACACACACUCCUUGGAAGAAGUGAUUUGCACAAAGUCUUGCAGAAUGUUUAUUAGGGGCAGUGAAGACACUUGGAGGUUUCUCUGUGCCUCUUCCUCUCUCUCCAGCAAAGCGGCUCGGCCGGUCCCACCUGGGAAUCAUAGAAUUGUAGCAUUGGGAGGGACCCUGAGGAAGAUGCAGCUGUCCCAUACAGGGAUCAGACCUGCAGCCUUGAUGUUAGUAGCACCAUGCUCCAACCAACUGAGCUAUCUGGAAUCUCCCACAGCUGUGGGGAACAUACGACCCUCUGGAUGCUGUCAAGACUCCCAGCCAGUAUGGCCAGUGGUCCUGGGGAUGAUGGGAGUUGUAGUCCAACAACCUCUGGAGGGUCCGUGGUUCCCCAUGCCUGGUGCACGACAAAAGGAAGAGGCUGUGUGUGUACAACAAACGCACAUGACACUCAAAUGGAAGUGGCCCCUUGCUGCAAUGAGUGAGUGUGAGAGAAGGAUACCACAGUGAUUUAUUGCUUUUUCCUUUUUAGAGGUGGGGGUUAAACUAGGGUUACCCGACGUUCCUGGGGAACAGUCUCCAGAUUUGCAAAUCUGUCCCUGGACAAAUUCCGUCUCUGGAAUGCCCCCAGAUUUACAAAUCUGUCCUGGGAAACGUGGCAGCGGCAGCCUCAGCAGCUCGGAGCCAGUCUGGUAGCGCAGUUGGCUCUGGCUAGUUUCAGGAGCUGCUUGCUGCUGUGGCACCCGCCAUUUUUCCACGCCGGAAGUCCCCAUUUGAUGUGUUGCGCACAAGACACAUCAUAUGGGGACUUCCAGGAGGCAAACUGGCAGGUGCCAUGGCAGCAAGCAGCAAGCAGCUCCUGAAGCCAGCCAGAGCCAACUGCGCUACCAGGCUGGCUCCGGGCUGCUGACUGCCGCUGCCACUGCUGAAGGGGAACUGGGGAUGUCUGGUGGUACAGAUCUCCUGCCCCCUUCCCCCUUUGUUUUGACUGAUCGGGAGAGGCUUGGGAGUUGUGGGCAGGCUGCCGUUGCCCAGUUUUUUUAAAAACCUCUGCGCAUUUAUGUUUCACAGGGUGUAAAAGAAGGGCUUUGCACCUUUAUACAAUAUGCAUGUUCUUGGGCCCAGGGUCUUUUGCCUCACCAUCCCCACUAUUGACUCCCUGUUGCUACUCAGCUUCAAAAAAAGGGGGGGAGGGGUCCCCAGAUUCAUUGAAAAAAUCUGGAGACCAUAGGUUAAACAUUUACAAACAGCCACUCUCGAUGUAGUUCUGAAACAACCACAGGUAGCCGAGAGUGUAACUUGCCCAAAUUCUCCCUGUCAUUACCUGAAAGUUUGGUGGACGCAGAGUCUGGGGUUGGUGAUGGGCAUGGGCUGAGUGCUUCCUGGUCCUAUUUUCCAGCUCUUUUGUAUGCUCUUCCAGACAGCAGGGGGAAACCAAGAUCCCCCUGAACCUGCUAGGUUUCACGGCGGGGCGUAGGAAACACCUGGCGACGAGGCAAAGUAACAGAUGAGAGAUUCUUGCUUGUCCUUUGGCUUCCCUGAAUUGUGAGUGCACUGUUCACAAGGAUCUGUUUCAAGCGCAACCUUGGAGCAUCAGUUUGCACAGUCCACCUGCAAGCCAUCCUGUGUGAAGUAAUUUACGUGGCAGUGUGUGGAUGUGCAAACCAGCCAUAAGGUUCUCAGAAUUCAUACAAGAGUCUGAGGCCAUAGGAAGAUGGCAAGCUGCCUCACAUUGAGUCUAGCCAUUGGUCCAUGUAGCUCAGUAUUGUCCACACCGACUGGCAGCAGUUAUCGUAAGGUUUCAGGCAGGGAAUCUUUUCCCGCCCUACCUGAAUAUGCUGGAGACUGAACCCUGGAGUCUUUUGCAUGCAGUUCUGCCUCUGAGAUGCUUUUGACCUUCCUCACAGUGUUUCCUGGGCAUAUUCUGCCUCCCAAGUAUCUGAAUGGUUCCCAGUUCCCUUUUCAGCUCUUAAAUCUUCCUCCCUUCUUGCUGCAUCAACAGCCUGGCUUCCAGAAGCAGCAGAAUCCAAAUCCUGCCAGACUGGAAAUGUGUGUAGAUUCAGUGUUUGCAGUGACAAGUGCUUUGCCAGCUCUUUGAAUCAAGGCUUGAGGUGUUCCCCAUUUUGCCUUAAAAACAGGUUAUUCAGGAGGACGCGAGAGAGCAAGUGGGAAAUGAAACCUCAGUUAUCAACAUUCCUUAAGCUGUAAGUCACUUUCUGCUUUCAAUGGAAAGUUAGCAAUGUGGAGAGUGGCUGCUUAUUUUUCUCCCAAAGCCCCUGAUCUGCCUGGAGGUGGGCACUGCUGCUGUUCUUGUAUAGUCCUCCCGGGCAUCUCCUAAGCUUUGGCCCUAGUUAGAUUUGAAUCUCAAAAGAACCUAGUUGACUUUUUGAAAGGCCCAUCAGUUUGAGAUGCUUUGAUUACCAGAACAGAUAGAACAUUUAAUUGCAUAUCCUGGUUGAAUGUCUUUCAUCUACCACAUCAGGCCACCCUGAAGCCUAAUUGGGUGCAUACAAAUGACAUGCUCUAUCAGCCAUGAAGCGGCGCUUUUGAAGACAUAAGGUAUCAGAAGACUCCUUGUUUCUGCAGUCACAGAUUUCAAAGACCGACCGCCUAGAACAGGCAUGUCCAAAGUCCGUUUCGGGGGCCUAAUCUUGCCCGCCGGUUGGUUUAAUCCAGCCCCUGUGGCGGUUUAUUACCUGGGGUAAAAUCCUAAAAAAACCCUCAACAACUUCAACCCUAAAAAAAGUAAAUAACUUUGGUCGGCCUUCACGGCCCUUCACGUCAUCAAAUCUGGCCCUCUUUGGAGGGAGGAGAAGAGUUUCUGUAUGGCAGGGGUAGCUAAUGUGGUGCCCUCCAGAUUUUGCUGGACUGCAGCUCCCAGCAUCCUUGAUCAUUGGUGUCCUGAACCCCGGCGUACCUGGCGACCAGUCCUGCUGGUGUAUACAGUCCCAAGGGCAAAUGCUGGCAAGUAGUCCGGAAAUACGGUCCGGGUUCAAUGCAGCAAGCCAAGUCCAAAGUGCGACAGUCAGGAAACGCAGUCGAGGUUCAGUUCAGUGUCACAAACCGGCAGGACAGUGGGGAAGAGGAAGGGGAUCCCAGCGAGGGGUGCAGUCAUGAUUGGUACAUCCUGGGGCAGGCUGGGGAUGGAGAAGGAGAUGGAGAAGGAGAGGUUGGGGGCUUGGAAAGUACUCACAAGGGGAUCGGGGCAAGGGGAUCGGGGUCAGUGCACAUGGACCAGGGGCCUCCGUCUCUGUGAACACGCAAGCAGGAACACAAAGGAGGAGGACGACAACGUGUAGAAAGAAAACUCCCAUAAGAACCCGUGAUUAAAAAUACCGAUGCCUUCCCCAUAGCUUUUAAUAUUGGAGAACUUAAGCAUGCUCGCAAAUCAAAAGUUUUGUGUCACUUUUGCAAAAAAAAGGAUACUUUUGUGUGUGUUCUGCUCUUUCCAUUGCGUAGGGAGCAGUGGCAGGCACGCUCUAGGACAGUGUUUCCCAAACUUUGGUCUCCACUGGUCCUGUUAGCUGGAGACCCAAGAUUGGAUAAACCCUGCUCUGGGAGGCCGAGGCAGGCAAAGGCCCACAACCCAGCUCCCUAGCUGGCCAGGUGGGGCUCAUUAGCUCUGGGAGGAGGGUUGUGAUUCCUCAGCUGGAUUAGGCUCCGACAGGUGAGGUUCCCAUGGCCUCGUCAAGCCCAGAUGCUGCGGACCCAGCACCUCAGCUCUGCUCCCCUUUUAAGCCUUGACUCCGAGGCUGCUCCCUACGUCUCAGAACCUGCCGUGUUUGUGGAAACGGGGCUCCCUCUGGUUCCUGUGCACUGACCCCCAUUCCCUCACCAUCCUCUGUCACCCCGUGAGUACCACCUACACCCCCAACUGCUCUCAUGGGGACCUGAAGGGGUCUUUUCUUUCCCAUGCUGAAUUCCCAUUGCCUGCUGGAAUGCGGAGCAACCUUCUGCAAAAUUAGGACCAGUUUGAUGAUGGUCUUGCACUGCUUCUUACGGGAGUAACCAUGAUGGAACAAUCAGACUGGGGACUCAAGCCUAUUUCAUCAGGUACACGAAGGUGGCAUUUUAGUUGGCAGGUAUAGAAAGAAGAAAACUUUAAGGUGGGAGUUGAAUGAGAUGCAAAAAUUACAGCCGGUGAUAAUUGGAACUUAAUAUAUAUGUUAAAUAGGCACACCUUUAAGCCUUCAUAGUGGCAGAUUAGCGAUUGCUACUGAGAUGAUUGUAUUAACACCUGCACAUUUGCAAGAAACAGUCCAUGAUAACGCAGAUAUUGCUAUCUGUGUAAGCAAUUAACACAUGUGGUGUGAUUAAAAAAAUUGUUUGUCUCCAGUUAAUCCACAAGUGAUGGCAUUAAACGUCUUGAUGAAUUUGGCAGUUUCAUGUUGUCCUUCACUUGUCCCAGAGCAGCCACCUACAGAGUGUCCUGGGAGGUUGAGAUGUUCUCCCACUAGCUUUUAUGGAUAUUGCCAUUCCUGAUGUCCAGUUUGCGUCCACUCUUCAGCAGGCAAGAUGCUAAACAAAGUACUGGGUGAGGGGCAAGAGGGAGAAAAUUGUACAAAAAUUAGGCUGCCCUCAUGGCUACAACAUCAACCUAAUUUUUGUCCCUCCUCCUUUUCUUUUUUCUUUUUAUAAAGUCUCUUCUUUACUCUCCUGCUUUGAGUAACAUUUUUUCCUGAUGAAGAGUCCUGGAGAAUCCCAAAGCUUUGCCACUCUUUUGUGACAGCUUGGUUAGUCCCAUAAAGUUAUUGCUGAACUGUUGGUUUUCUUCUCCUUAUGGACUAGUACCGUUAUUUUUUGCCCCCAACCCCUAUAUAUAUAUAUAUAUAUAUAUAUACACACACACACAAAUACAGGGACGCGGGUGGCGCUGUGGGUAAAACCUCAGCGCCUAGGACUUGCCGAUCGCAUGGUCGGCGGUUCGAAUCCCCGCGGCGGGGUGCGCUCCCGUCGUUCGGUCCCAGCGCCUGCCAACCUAGCAGUUCGAAAGCACCUCUGGGUGCAAGUAGAUAAAUAGGGACCGCUUACCAGCGGGAAGGUAAACGGCGUUCCGUGUGCUGUGCUGGCUCGCCAGAUGCAGCUUGUCACGCUGGCCACGUGACCCGGAAGUGUCUGCGGACAGCGCUGGCUCCCGGCCUAUAGAGUGAGAUGAGCGCGCAACCCUAGAGUCUGGCAAGACUGGCCCGUACGGGCAGGGGUACCUUUUAUAUCUACAAAUAGUAACACAGGGGUGUGGCUAAUCAGAAAAAUUAAAUAAGGGUGACUUUCCAGGAAGAAGAGAAGGUGGCAGGGCUUCAUUUUGGUGCUGAGCUCAGUUUUUUUUUUCACAGGGUGAGAUACGCUAACCACCUGCUCACAUUUGAUUGAAAACACGCUCACGUAUGGGCUGUGGCUUAAAAGAGUUUAUUUCCAGAAAAGCACUGCAGAUAAGAGGCAACACAAAGGACAAGAUAGUACACUAUUUUUUAGAACUGGCCUUCCCCUGCACAAAGGAGGUGUGAGUGAAUUUCUGUCGGCAAGAAUGCCGUUCAGCAUCUCAUCUGUUCCACAAAGAUAACGCACGUGAAUUUGCCCCUUAUCAUCAUCCCACAAAUGGAGAGUCAUUUUCCAUACAACCAGACAGGGUACAAUAACGCAGAGUCUAUCACUGCUGGUGGUAUUCUGCAAACAUCCCAGCGCCUCCUGUUGGGGUUUGCUUGUGCUUAUGCCUGCAUGUUGGGGAAGGGCCGGUUAGGGCUGAGAAAGGGUCAGGAGGCAGCCACCUCUGCUGCUGCGGCGUUUGUCCUUUCCCACCGAACCUUUAUCAGUAUUCAGCUAUGAUCUCAAAGCCCUGUUGGUGCCCAAUACUUCUCUCAUGCUUUUGUAAAGUGCCUUCUGGAGAACAGAAUGAAGGGGACAGCAGUGUUGGCUCUGGAAGGCAAACAGUGCACAGAUAUUGAACUGAGAUGGGUAGUACAGGCAGUGGGAAUAGGAGCAAUGUGAGGAGGACAAAGAGCGGAACAGGGCACUGGUGAUGCCCCCUCCCAACCAUUACAAGAACCCUUCUUGGGUUCUCCAUCAUCAUGAGGCACCAUAAAAGCAUUUCAGAGCUUUUCAGUUUGAUCACGAAGACUAGGCACACUUAUGAUUUGUAAAAACAUUGUAUAAUACAUAUGAUUUGUGGAGUGGUUAUAAUAUGUGCAAGUUAUGUAAUGGACUUUGUAUAUGUUUAUACGUAUAGAUAUGCAAAGCUAAUAAAAAUUUAUCAUGAAAAAAAAAAAGGCUAGGCACACUCUGUUUUCUUGCUAGAUAAUAAAACUGUAAGUCUGUCAUCUCACUGCAGUUCCCAUGGCCACCAACAGGUGGCCAUGGCAGUUCCAAUGUGAUGACAAACUAGCAGGAAAACAAGCAGGCAGCAUAGCUGGCAGGCACCCGAAAAGAGCUGCAUAAAGGCAUGUGGGAGGCACACCAGAGACCAGUUUGGCAAGCCGCUCUCUGAAGGAGGACAGACUGCGCUUGGACAGACAGCUCUCGGAAGCGCCUUCCACCCUCCUUUAAAAGAUGCUGGGGGUUGGGACAAACUGUGAGGGGUGGUGGCUUCAGACAGGCUGUGAGGGAGAAGAAGAGGGGUGGUCAAGGUAUAAAGGGAGGGGCUUUGGCCAGGUGGGGGGGGGGGAAAGGGCUUGGCAAACCGGUGGCAGCCCCUUGUUUAAAAGGGAUAUCUGUGUUCAGAUAUCUUUGGAAAGUCGUGUAGUUACUCAUCUCCUUGACAUCUGCUGGGAGGGCGUUCCACAGGGUGGGCGCCACCACCGAGAAGGCCCUCUGCCUGAUUCCCUGUAACCUCCCUUCUCUCAGGGAGGGAACCGCCAGAAGGCCCUUGGAGCUGGACCUUGGUGUCUGGGCUGAACGAUGGGGAUGGAGAUGCUCCUUCAGGUAUCCUAGGCUGAGGCUGUUUAGGGCUUUAAAGAUCAGCACCAACACUUUGAAUUGUGCUUGGAAAUGUAUUACAGUUUCCUAGUAGUAGUAUGGUGGCAGACCUACGCCUGUGUCUGCUUAGUCAGGGAUUUUAGAUCUGCAGAAAUUUGGACUGAGUGCAGGAAGAGAGUCUAAACAAAGCUUUCGUUCUGAAGUCCUUGACAAGAUUCCGGAUGCAGCGCUGCAGAGAUGAAGGCUUGCAAAGCCACGUGCUGCCACCUAAUUGCCAGUACGGCCUGUUUAGCAACUUGGUGGCACGAUUUCCUAGGUACCAACCAGUAUUUAACCAGAUGACAUUCCACUGCCUUGGCACUGACUAAUCCAUAUAUUUUUUUCCAGCUCAGGGCUUGUUUUCCACCCUGGGCUCUGCCUGCAGGUCACGUGUUUGUGUCUGACGUUUUCCAGGCUUCUCUCCAGUGGGGAGGCCAACGCUCUUGUGUGGAAAAACAACAGUCCUACACUCAAGUGAAUUGGGGGGCGGGGAGGGGCGUGGAAGAGGGAGAGGCACACAUGCUGUAAGGAGCAGAUUGGGAAAAAGUCCCCCAGCAGCUGUGCUUGUGCUCAUUCUGCAGUCUCCUCGGCCCAAGGGGCUACCAAAGGCAGUCCCUCCUGUGGUGUGUCAGCCUGUACGCCUCUGAAAUCCAAUAUGUUGCCUGGAUUUUGAAAGUCAGCAGCAUAAGCAGUUCUGCUGCUCCUACUUUCUGCUUCCCUAUAAUACAAGAGGUCCAAGGACCAGAAAAAGGGUGAAACAUCAUAUUAUAGGACCAACCCAUCCUUUGCCAAAAGACAAUGGCACGCUGUUCGAUGCCACAGCAUCCUUCUUCCCAGGGUGCAGUUGAGAACGUGUGUGGCUGUCACAGGAGAUGGGGGGGGGGAGGAUGGGACAUUAGACUGCAGCUCAGGGGCAGAGUAUAUACACUAUGUGGGCAGGAGGUCCCAGGUUCUUGCCCUUCCUCUGUCCUGAGAGACAAGGAAACGUGCCUCUGGGGGCAAAGUCAGUCUGCUGGAGAAUCACAGCGCCUGCUGCGGCUGCAGAGACCAGCAACUCGUAACUGCUGCCUCCCGCGUUGCUUUUGCUGUGUUGGCAGCACCUAAGUGACAUCCCUGGGUCUCAAGCCUGGAUGGUGCAUAUGGAGGUCCUGGGCUGCCCAGACAACAAGACCCCCAUCUUAGCCUGGCUGAUGUGGUCCAAAGGAAAGCAGAGCAAUGUGUCUGGCACCAGCUUGGCUGCAGGAGUUGCUGCAAGGAGGUGUACAAGGCACCAUCUAACAGGCUGUGUAUCAGAUUUACUCCUUAGCCUUUUAACCCACUGGGGGUUUGACACCCAUCAGCUCCCCUCAUCUGGUUUAGCCGCUCAGUUGAAGCUGUUUCCUGGGGUGUGGCCACUGCCACACACUGACAGCUUCUAGGAGCUGCAGGCGAGAGCUGAGUGCAGGGGACCAAAGGUGGACAAAGUGUCCCAGAAAGAGCACAAUGUGUCUCCCACCAGAGAUACUACCCCUCCUCCUAACACCCCACACACCGCCAUACAUUGCCAGGGAGACAAAACUCCUAUCUGAAACCCUGGAGAUUUGCUACCAGUCAUUGUAGACCAAGGGUGGCAAUGGGAUGAUCUCCCAUCAUCCUUGACCACUGGCCAUCCUGUCUGGGUGCAGUAACAACUGGAAGGCAUCAGGGCAAGGCAGGCUGGUGGGUGUCAACUCUGUAUGCUGCGCCCAAAGUCAUCUGUGAGCAGGGGUGCCCUCUGGGUAUUACUCGACUCCAGCUCCCAUCAUCCUUGACCACCGGGGAGUUGCAGUCCAACAACGGUGUGGUGCAGUGGUUAGAGUGUCAAAGCUAGGAUUUGCAACACCAGGGUUCAAAUCCCCACUUGGCCAUGAAGCUCCCUGGGUGACCUUGGGCCAGUCACUGCCUCUCAGCCCAAGCUGCCUCACAGGUUUGUUGUGGUGGUUAAAUGAGGAAGGGGAGAACCACCUUGUAUUCAGUCUUCACUGGAGAGCCAGUGUGGUGUAGUGGUUAAGAGCAGUGGACUCGUAAUCUGGUGAACCGGGUUCGCGUCUCUGCUCCUCCACCUGCAGCUGCUGGGUGACCUUGGGCUACUCACACUUCUCUGAAGUCUCUCAGCUCCACUCACCUCACAGAGUGUUUGUUGUGGGGGAGGAAGGGAAAGGAGAUUGUUAGCUGCUUUGAGACUCCUUCGGGUAGUGAUAACGCGGGAUAUCAAAUCCAAACUCCUCUUCUUCUUCUUCUUCUUCUUCUUCUUCAGCUCCUUGGAGUAAAAAGUGAGGCAUAAAUGUGAUAAAUAAUCAUAAAUAGACAUUGCUGCAUGAGGUGAGCCAGUUACCUGACCCGUAAAAAGCACCUUCCUGUAUUUUUAUGUUUAAACAUGCAGUUCCUUUAAUAGCAGCCGCAAUGCCGCUGGUGUGCAUAACGCACAAUGGUUUGUGUAUCUUUGAUGCGUUCUAACAACGCCUCUCUCUUUUCAUCCCCCCCCCAGCGUUUUUUAGGUGCCAAAGACCCAGUUGACCGCCGUGUGGAGCGAGAUAAGUUCAGGCAGGAGCCCCGCCGGAGGACCGGGAUGGAUUGGCUGUGA